AUGGAACAGAACGCCCAAACGCAACCCGGCGCCGGCGGAAACGCUGCAGGAUCACAAUCUACCCCGUGGACGCCGGAGGACUACCUGGCGGCAUUCGAAGCGGCGAACGACCAGUACUGGAGAGAACACGGUCUGACCAUGGCCCAUUCCUCGCACACGACCUCGGUGCCUGCUGCGCAAGGCCCGGCGCCGGGAGCCGCGUCGACCUCGGCGGCGCAGCCGCACACACAAGUGACUGUGCAGGACCGCGCGUACGAGCUCCUCCCGCAGCAGGAGUACGUCGCGAAACGUCGGUUCCAUCCGAAACCCCCGAUCCUUUUCCGGACGUGGUCCACGCCAUACGUCAAGCUAGCGGACGCAUUGUCCGGUAACGUCGCGCUGCUGCUGGAUCGGGACGAGGCCGUGUUUUCAGGAGACCACCUGAGCCAGAAGCAGUCAGUGCGCCUCGAGAUUGUGGGCUGCAGGCCGUACGAGCGACAGAUCAACGUGCGGGCCCCGUCGAGCGGUUUCCGCUCCAUCACCAAGGGAAAACUUGCGGAGAAGAUUGCACGAGAGAUACAUGACUACAUGAACCGGAACCAGAGCGCGUCCUUUGGGCUGCCUCGGCUCGGCCUGGGACCGGGGACUGCGGGGUUCGAGAGGUUGGUGCUCCUGGAGUUGCGCCAUGUGUCGAAGUCCAGUUGGCAGCCUGUGCUCGGCGUCCUGCGUGCAGAGUGA